UCCUCCAGCGGCGGCGCGGUGCGCGGUGCAGCCCCAGCCCCGAGCGCCCGGAGCCCUCCCGCAGCCCGCCGCCCCCGGCCCGGCCCGGCCCGGCCCGGCUUCCCGGAGCGCCCCGCCCGCGCGCCCGCGCCCGCGCCCGCACCCUCACCGGCGCGCCCCGAGGAGCCCGAGCCCCGAACCGCCGGCGGCCCUGCCCGGAGCGGCGCGAUGAAUGACUUUGGAAUCAAGAACAUGGACCAGGUGGCCCCUGUGUCCAGCAGUUACAGAGGGACACUCAAGCGCCAGCCCGCCUUUGACACCUUUGAUGGGUCGCUGCUCGCCGUUUUCCCUUCGCUGAAUGAAGAGCAAACACUCCAGGAAGUGCCAACAGGCUUGGAUUCAAUUUCUCAUGACUCGACCAACUGUGAGCUGCCCUUGUUGACCCCAUGCAGCAAGGCUGUGAUGAGUCAGGCCUUGAAAGCUACCUUCAGUGGCUUCAAAAAGGAGCAGUGCCGCCUCGGCAUCCCCAAGAAUCCCUGGCUGUGGACCGAGCAACAGGUGUGCCAGUGGCUUCUCUGGGCCACCAACGAGUUCAGUCUGGUGGAUGUCAACCUCCAGAGGUUUGGCAUGACAGGCCAGGUGUUGUGUAACCUUGGCAAGGAGCGCUUUCUGGAGCUUGCACCUGACUUUGUGGGUGACAUUCUCUGGGAGCACCUGGAGCAGAUGAUCAAAGACAACCAAGAAAAGACAGAAGAUCGGUAUGAAGAAAAUUCACCUCUCAACUCAGUUCCUCAUUGGAUUAAUAGCAACUCAUUAGGUUUUGGUGUGGAGCAGGCGCCGUAUGGAAUGCAGACACAGAACUACCCCAAAGGCGGCCUCCUGGAAGGCCUGUGUCCAGCGUCCUCAGUGCCCAGCACGCUCGGUCCUGAGCAGGACUUCCAGAUGUUCCCCAAGGCCCAACUCAGCACUGUCAGUGUCAACUACUGCUCCGUCAGCCAGGACUUCCCAGCCGGCAGCUUGAAUCUGCUCUCCAGCGGUUCUGGGAAGCCCGGAGACCACGACUCGGCUGAGACGGGCGCCGACAGCUUCGAGAGCUCGGAGUCACUGCUGCAGUCCUGGAAUAGCCAGUCGUCCCUACUGGAUGUGCAGCGGGUGCCGUCCUUCGAGAGCUUCGAGGACGACUGCAGCCAGUCCCUUGGCCUCAGCAAGCCAACCAUGUCCUUCAAGGACUACAUCCAGGAGAGGAGCGACCCGGUGGAGCAAGGCAAACCAGUUAUACCUGCGGCCGUGCUGGCCGGCUUCACAGGUAGCGGACCUAUCCAGUUGUGGCAGUUUCUUCUAGAAUUGCUCUCCGACAAAUCCUGCCAGUCAUUCAUCAGCUGGACAGGGGAUGGAUGGGAGUUUAAGCUUGCUGACCCUGACGAGGUGGCCCGGCGGUGGGGAAAGAGGAAAAACAAGCCCAAGAUGAACUACGAGAAGCUGAGCCGGGGUUUACGCUAUUACUACGACAAGAACAUCAUCCACAAGACGUCCGGGAAGCGCUACGUGUACCGCUUUGUGUGCGACCUCCAGAACUUGCUGGGCUUCACGCCGGAGGAGCUGCACACCAUCCUGGGUGUCCAGCCAGACACGGAGGACUGAGGCCGCCCGGGGCUGGGAGUGGGGCCCUCAGGGCCCAUCCAAGGACCCUGAAAAGUGGGAUCAACGCAUCCGGGAACGUCUUCAAGAAGCAGUGGCCUUAUUUCAUGUGACACCGAGGUUCUUCGCCAAAAGCAGCACGGUUUCUCACUUCUAAAGCCCACUGCCAGGAACAUGCUACUUAACGAUGCUCGUACGUUAGAAUGGCCCAGAAAGACGCGCCGGGCGGCAUUCCUGGCUCCGGGGGCCUGUGUCGUGACAGGAUCGUUCAGGCUGUUGGGUCUUCUCAAAGGAGCGAGCGUGUCGUGGACACACACUUUUGGAUUUUCUUUUGCCUUUUGCAACCAGGAGUCGUAAAUGUGAAAGAGGUCUCUUUGGUUGGGAGUGGGAGGAGGGUGCAGGAAACAUUGAUGCCAUUUCAGAAGUCAGUUUAUAUAUAUGACUGUAAUCUUAUAAUUGUUAUCAAAAUCCCCUAACAGACCUAUUUAACAGAAAUUGUAUAUUGUAAUUUAAAAUAAUUAUAUAACUCUAUGUGAAAUAUGAAUGCAGACUGCAUUUUGCAAUGUAUUCCAGUUUUCAAGAGCACAGGUGGCAUUUUGCAAACAUUUAAUCUGCCAGGGCAGACUAAGAGAAGUUGUAAAGUGUGUGUUAUUUACAUUUAAUAUGCCUACAGGAAUAAGGUCUAAGAGGGUUAAUUCCUGUUUUUGUUUGGUUUUGUUUUGUUUUUUUCAUUUUGUUUUGUUUUGCCUGGGUUAUUAUCUAUGGCAAGGACUUUGUACGUUUGGGAAUUUUUAUAAGAAACUUAAUGUUAUUAUCUGGGGGCCCAUCUGGUCUCUCUGCUUCUCCUUUAGUUGUAAUGCAAAAGCUAUAAAACAGUAUUUUUCUUGACAAAUGACAUAUGUUUUCCAUUUCUACGCAUGCCUCUAAAUCAGUUUAUAUACAAAAGUUAUUUUAUUUUUUAGUUGAACUGCGUUUCCCCCAAACAGCUAACCUCCCGUUGAAGCCAUUUCCUUCCCGGGCACCCCUCCCUCCCCAAAUUAUGCUGUAUGAUUAAAAUAAGAAUACUAUUUUUAGAAAUAUGCGACUCCUUUUCAGAGAUCAGGAGGGAUUUAUGUAGCAGCUAUUUUUACUGCAAAAGUAAUUCACUGGAAAAAAAUGUAAUUUGUAAGAAAGUUUUAUUUUUAUCUCAGCUGCAUGUUAAGUUAACAUACAGAGCUGAAGGUGCAGGGAGAGGGGAAGUUUAUCAAACCUCUCAGACAUGAGUGAAGCUUAAUUUGUCCCAUCUUGUCUACCUGUCGAGACUGGGGCUUUCUGGACACCAAGCUGCUCCCUUCUGUUUAGUGUCCACAGUUUUAUUUUCUUGGACGCAGAAUGCCUGGAGGCAAAGAGAGGGCCAACAAGAUGUGAAAGAGAAGGCACUGGGGUCGUUCAUGUGAAGAAAACAUCUUGAUCACGUUGGAGACUUAUGUAGUUGCUUCGAAGGAACCCCUGGUUCAGCCUUUGCCUCUUGGCUUUUGUAGAUGACCCAGUCAAGUUGGUUUCAAAGUCGAACAGCCUUCGCUAGCUGCGUGAGGAGACACUUGGACCCACGGUGACGUCUCUGAAGGAUAAUCGUCCACGCGAUGAGACCAAGGGACUGGGUGGUAGGGCAAGCGGGACAGAGCACAGCUGGAAGGAGUAUCACACAGUCUCAGUACCCCCACAAGACCGCUUCCCGUAUCGCUAAGCACAGGAUGUUUUUCUCAAGCAGGACCUGUUUAUCUCUCGGACAUCUGUUUAUAACAUCAACAGACAUGUGACUGGGAACAUCUUGCUGCCGAAAGCUUAGCCAUUGGCUUGUUUUAUGUGAGGUUUGACCACAUGAAAUUGCCAAUAUUUGUCUGUUUUAUCUACAGAGUUUUAUGUGGCUCAACCCAAUAGUUAUGAGAAACCAAAUCCAUGGUAACCUUUGGCAUGGUAAAGAGCAGGACUUCAGUAAAAAAGUUUUGUAAUUUGGCCUUUUCUUUCUCAAAUAAUAAAGUAUUUUGUUUAUAU